AUGGCACACACACCGUCGGGAGGAGUGCAGCUUACGGAGUUCGUCAAAAGACCUGGUCUUGGCCGUGAAGGACGUCCGCUCAAAGUCAGAGCAAAUUUUUUCGAGGUGCUCACGCUGCCACAACAGGACUUGCACCACUACGACGUAACUAUAACGCCGGAUGUCCCCCCGGCUUUGAACAGGCGUAUAUUUCAACAGUUUGAGGAUAUGUUUCGCGCCGACCUUUCAAAUAUAAGGACCGUGUUUGAUGGUCGCAAAAAUAUCUUUGCGCCGAAACCUCUGCCCUUUGGCGACGCGCGAACUUUCGAGUUAACUUUACCAGAGGACGAUGGCAUAACGAGCUCAAAGCGUCCGCCGAGGAAUUUUGUCCUCAAGAUUAAAAAAGCGGGCACCAUAAGAAUGGAGGUGCUCCAUCGAUUCCUCGACAGUAAACAAGGUUUGACGAACGACUGUCUUACUGCAAUUAUGGCACUUGACGUGUUGAUUCGGCACAAGCCGUCAAUGGAGCAUACUACGGUCGGUCGGUCUUUUUACACGCCGCAGGGCUCCAAGCCCCUAUUCGGUGGGGUCGAAGUUUGGCAGGGCUAUUAUCAGUCCGCGCGUCCUACGCCGCGGAAGAUGAUGAUAAACAUCGAUUUGAGCGCUACCGCUUUCUAUGAGGGUGGGCAACUCAUCCAAAUGGUUGCCAAGGUGUUGAAUAAGCGGAAUGUUGAUGAAUUACGGAGAGGUUUAAACGAUCGUGAUCGUGUUAAGCUGGAGAAAGCGAUCAAAAAUUUGAAGAUAUGCGUGACGCAUCGAGGCGAGACGACCAAAAAAAGAAGAUUCAAAAUUAUGAAGCUUACACAAACGCCGGCCAACCAUACAAAUUUCGAUGCGGGCGAUCAAGGAGGUACUAUGGAUGUUGCCACCUAUUUUAAUAGGCAAUAUAAUACACGUUUGGGUUUUGCGGCGUUGCCAUGCGUAGUCGUGAGAAAGAACGUCUUCCUACCCAUGGAAGUAUGUGAGGUGAUUCCGGGCCAACGACAUAUUAGGAAACUUAAUGACCGCCAAACAGCGGACAUGAUAAAGUUUACAUGUCAACAGCCGCAAAUGCGGGCGAAUAAGAUUCGACAGGGCUUGGACAUACUUAAUUAUAGGGGCAAUGAGUAUAUGCAACAGUUUGGUAUGCGUGUUGCAACGGACAUGACCGUAGUUGAUGCGCGAGUACUUCCGGUACCCACGCUUAAUUAUCAUGCAUCGUCAACUGACGCGUCUUUUGUUCCAAAUGGCGGUGUUUGGAAUCUUAGGGGCAAACGCGUGGCAACUGGAGCCACGCUUGGUUCUUGGGCAGUUAUCGCCUUUGAUCGGGAAGACGACCUGCGGAUGAAUACGAUCAAGGGCUUCAUUCAGGAAUUGACGGUGACUUGUUCGGAUACGGGCAUGAAUAUUAUGAACAAAACGCCACCCAUCAUGCACGCCAAUCCCCAAGGGGACAUUGAGAAUGCGCUGAAGCAAGCAUGGCUUCGCGCUGGCAAUGCCGCUAAGGCACAACCACAACUCAUAUUGUGUAUUCUGCCGAAUACUGGUGUGCCGCUCUAUGCGGAGAUUAAGCGAGUGAGCGAUACAGUAAUCGGUGUUGCAACACAGUGUGUCCAGAAGAAGCACACUUUGCGUCCGAACAAACAAUAUUGCGCGAACGUCUGUCUGAAGAUAAACGUUAAACUGGGGGGAAUGAAUUCAUUUUUAAAAGCGACCGACAUCCCGUUUAUCUCGGAUAGACCGACGAUUCUUAUGGGUGCUGAUGUAACGCAUCCCGCGCCUGGAGCGUCAAACAACAGUCGACCGUCUAUUGCGUCUCUGUGCGCUUCCAUGGACGCGAAGGCGUCACGAUACGCUGCGUCAAUCAGGGUCCAAGCGGGUAAGGAGGAAAUAAUCGUCGAUUUGGCUAACAUGGCCAAAGAAUUAUUGAAGACGUUCUACCAAACAUGUGGAAGAAAACCGGAACGUAUUCUAUUUUAUCGCGACGGUGUAUCGGAAGGGCAAUUUAGCGCCGUAUUAAACAGCGAGAUAAAAGCCGUAAAGGCCGCCUGCACGGCGCUCGACGCGCAAUAUAAACCAACGAUCACAUUUGUUGUGGUACAGAAGAGGCAUCAUACUCGGUUCUUCCCUAUGAAUAAGAACGAGAGUGACCGAAGUGGCAAUUGUCUGCCGGGGACGGUCGUGGAAUCGACAAUCAUCCAUCCGACGGAAUUUGACUUUUAUCUGCAAAGCCAUCCGGGACUGCAAGGCACGAGUCGCCCGACUCAUUACCACGUCCUAUACGAUGAAAACAAUUUUAACGCAGACAGUCUACAAACGCUGUCCUAUAAUUUGUGUUAUUUGUAUGCCCGCUGCACUCGAGUAGUCUCUCUCGUGCCUCCCGUGUACUACGCGGAUCUCGUUUGCUCUCGAGCAAGGUUUCAUAGUCGGGGGGAAAAUUGGUCCGAUACAGAGUCGUCCGAAGAAGGAACGGGCUCCGCCGCGAGUUUUGGGGUCGUCAAACCUGACCUCCAAAAGGUGAUGUACUUCAUGUAA